UCAGUUGCAAGGCACGCGUUAGCUCCUAGUGACAACGCAACUGUCUGACUAUGGAGGAAAUCGGCAUCCAUUUAAAACAAGAACAUAAGGAUUCCCCGGCCGUUGUCACAAAGACGAGUCUUUUGGAAGAGUUAUCUGAAGAAGACCUUUAUACCAAACUUAAGAAACUUCAACGCAAUGUGGAAUUCCUCGAACUCCAAGAGGAGUAUAUUAAAGAUGAACAGAACAACUUGAAGAGAGAACUCAUUCGCUCUCAAGAGGAAGUUAAGCGUAUCAAAUCUGUUCCUCUGGUCAUUGGUCAGUUUCUGGAACCCAUGGACCAGCACACUGGAAUUGUUGGAUCUACCACUGGCUCCAAUUAUGUUGUCCGCAUCCUCAGCACAAUCGAUCGAGAACUUCUGAAGCCCAGUGCAUCUGUCGCACUCCAUCGUCAUUCAAACGCUCUUGUUGAUGUAUUACCCCCAGAAGCUGACAGCAGCAUCGCAAUGCUUGGUGCAGAUGAACGUCCAGAUGUCACUUAUCAGGAUGUUGGUGGUCUUGAUAUUCAGAAACAGGAGAUUAAGGAGGCUGUCGAACUUCCUUUAACUCAUUUUGAUCUUUAUCGCCAAAUUGGUAUCGAUCCUCCCCGCGGUGUCCUUCUUUAUGGUCCACCGGGAACAGGAAAGACCAUGUUGGUUAAGGCAGUUGCACAUCACUCUUCGGCCGGGUUUAUUCGUGUGGUUGGCUCAGAGUUUGUACAAAAAUACCUUGGUGAAGGUCCACGUAUGGUCAGAGAUGUUUUCAGGCUGGCAAGAGAGAACUCGCCAGCAAUUAUCUUUAUCGACGAAAUUGAUGCAAUUGCCACCAAGCGUUUCGAUGCUCAGACUGGUGCUGAUAGAGAAGUACAGCGUAUUUUACUGGAAUUAUUGAACCAGAUGGACGGUUUUGACCAAACAUCCAAUGUCAAGGUUAUUAUGGCAACUAACCGCGCUGACACACUUGAUCCUGCUCUUCUGAGACCUGGCCGAUUGGAUAGAAAAAUUGAGUUUCCUACACCAGAUCGCCGUCAGAAGCGUCUCAUAUUUUCUACUGUGACAGCUAAAAUGAACCUUUCGGAAGAAGUUGAUUUGGAAGAGUUUGUCUCCCGCCCCGAUAAGUUAUCUGGUGCUGAGAUUGCAGCAAUAUGCCAAGAGGCUGGUAUGCAAGCUGUUCGUAAAAACCGAUACGUAAUCUUGAGCAAAGAUUUAGAAAAGGGUUACAAAGCCAAUGUCAAGAAGGAAGAUACAAAUUUUGAGUUCUAUAAAUAAAAUAAGUUGUUUCCUAUCCAGCUGCAAAAUCGU